UUCACUCGCUCUUUCUUAGCGCCGUUUUAGCUCCAACAACGAUGGUAGAAGAAGCUCCAGCACCGGCCAGCUCGGCCCCCGCCAAGGCUCCUAAAAAGAAGACCGCGGCCAAACCCAAGAAAGCGGGUCCCAGCGUCGGCGAGCUGAUCGUCAAAGCUGUUUCCGCUUCCAAGGAGAGGAGCGGCGUGUCCCUGGCCGCCCUGAAGAAAGCUCUGUCUGCAGGUGGAUACGACGUGGAGAAGAACAACUCCCGCGUCAAACUCGCCGUCAAAAGCCUGGUGACCAAGGACAUCCUGGUGCAGACCAAGGGCACCGGCGCCUCAGGAUCUUUCAAGCUCAACAAGAAGCAGACCGAGGCGAAGAAACCCGCGGCCAAAAAAGCCGCCGCUCCUAAAGUGAAAAAGGCCGCAAAGAAACCCAAGAAGGUAACAGCCAAGAAGCCCGCAGCUAAGAAGUCCCCCAAGAAGGCCAAGAAACCCGCUGCUGCCUCUAAAAAAGCCACCAAGAGCCCCAAGAAGGCAGCCUCAUCGUUUUACGUCACCCACAUUCCUCAGAUAGAGCAAGUAUCAAGAAAUUGCUGGCUUUGCUACAAAAAAUUCAAAAAAGAAAAUAAAACAAAGAUUGCAUGCAUGGCUCCUGAGUGCCAAGGUAGAAGAUUUUGUUUAGUUGGCAAUCGAAACUGUUUUCAGUCUUGGCAUUCUAGCGAAGGAGAUGAGUUUCGCAGUUAGACCUACACAGGGCUUCUGUCUUCUACUGUCAGUCCCUCUCAUCUUUCCUCAACCCCUGUGUUUGUGUAUAUGUUCUUUGUUUCUCUUUCUCUUCACAGGUCAAAGUUCAGUGUGCAUUGUUCAUUGGAAGGAGGGCAUUCUGAUGGAAACCUGUUUACCCGCCGAGGUUAAGGAUUAAAGUCGAGACUGCCGGGACAACGAUGCUGCUCCUGUCAGAUGUGACGGGUCUGGAGUAAUUGCAACGACAAGAAAUCACUACAGACUUUAUUGAAGACUAGAGCGGAUAACAACUCUAUUAUUAUUUAAUUGUUUAUUUAUCUAUUUAUUACCAGUUAUGAUUUUUAGAUCAUUUAAUUCUGUGUUUGUAUGAUUUGUGUAAAUCGUGUAUUUAUUUAAAGUAUCCUCCAGGCCACCCAAGAAGGAUGGGCCCUGCUGAGUCUGGUUCCUCUCAAGGUUUCUUCCUGUAAUUUUCAGGGAGUUUUUCCUUGCCACAGUCGCCCUCGGCUUGCUCAACAGGGGUUUUUGUAUCUGUUGGUCCUGGAUUUUGUAAA